AAAAAAAGAAGUUAUUUUAGUGGUAAAGAGUAAGUAGCAUAUACAUGACAUAAAUACUAUAUUGCGAGGGUGGAGAAUGUGUGGAAUUUUUGGAAUUGUGGAAAGUGCCUGACUCCGUGAGCUCUGUUAGCUUUCAAAAUCCAACCUGCAGCUGUUUUGAAUGAAAAGGUAGAAGGUGGAGGGAACAUAGAGCGAGUGCGAGGCAAUGAUUUGGAUUAAGAGAACGUAGAUUGUGAGAAAGGGGAGAGUGAAAGUGACGGCUGACUCGUCUGAAGAUUGAGAAGCAAGUGUUCCCGCUGCCGCGAUGAGCGCCUUUGACAACAGCACUGUUGAAAUGAAUUACAGUGCCUUCUAUUGUCGUUUCAAUGAGGAGUUUAAAUACAUUCUCCUUCCUGUCAGCUACGCCUUGGUCUUUGUGAUCGGCCUGGCGCUGAACGCAACAGCGCUGUAUGUGAUCGUGUUCUGCACAAAGCAAUGGAAGCCGUCCACGAUCUACAUGUUCAACCUGACCAUGUGUGACACACUCUACGUCUUCACGCUGCCCUUCCUUGUCUAUUACUAUGCCGAUGAGAACGACUGGCCCUUCACUGAACCACUCUGCAAGAUUAUACGUUUCCUGUUUUAUGCCAACUUAUAUGGGUCCAUACUGUUCCUGUCCUGUAUCAGUCUGCAUCGCUUCAUUGGCAUCUGCUAUCCAGUUCACUCCCUGUACUGGGUCAGUGCUCGCCGGGCUCGGCUGGUGUCUGUGGGCGUGUGGGCCGUGGUUUUACUCUGCCAGGCUCCUGUUCUCUACUUCUCAAGGACUAGUAACAAACACGGCGACUCUUCGCGGACCUGCUAUGACACCACCAGCCCAGAACUCUUUGACGACUUCCUGGUGUACAGCUCAGUCGUGUCCGUGCUCAUGUUUGCCCUGCCAUUCAUGGUGGUGAUGGUGUGCUAUGGCCUCAUGAUGCGGAAGCUUCUCGAGCCAAGCUGGGAGUCUGAAGGGGGAGAUGAGGGGGAGAGGGGAGGCCUGGCAGCUCAACGAUCCAAGCAGAAGUCAGUGAAGAUGAUCAUCAUCGUGUUGGCCAUGUUCAUGCUCUGCUUCCUCCCCUUCCACCUCACCAGGAGUCUUUACUACUCUUUCAGAUACCUGAGGCAGGUCAAUCCGGCACAGAUUAGCUGUAGUCUGCUGGAGGCCUCCAGUAUUGCCUACAAGGUAACCCGGCCUUUGGCCAGUGCCAACAGCUGCGUGGAUCCCAUCCUUUACUUCCUGGCUGGGCAGGACGUCCGCAGUAACCUCACAAAGACCAUCAGGGCCAAAAAAAUGAGCCAACGCUUGACAACAUCAAUCUGAUCAGAUCCACUUCCUGAAACUAUCUUGAAGCAAAAAAUACCGAAGGGAAACACUCAUCACCGCUCCUUUCAUAGUUGUGAUGCCACAUGACAGAUCUUGAGCAGUGCAUUCCCCAGUCUUAAAAUACCAGUUUUCUGUCAAGCAUGUACUGGAUCUCUGAAAGGUCAGGUGUUCAUGUGAAGACUCAAAUGAGUUUCCAGGCAAUAAUUUAACAGCCAUGCAUGCACAGUCUAUGAACUAGAAAUGUCUUUUAAAAUCUUACUCGACUGCUUGAAAUACAGUAACUCAUGCGCACUGCAUUUAGGUUUUCAUAAUUCUAUCAUCAACCAGAAGGAAAUGCAUGCUCAGAUGUGACCAGAUGGACAACUCGGAGAACGCAGAGACAGAGAUGAAAUGCUGGAAAUAAAUCAUGUAGUGCAUUCCUGACUUGA